UCCCACGGCGAGCGCCUGACGGCCUACAAGAUGGAAUGGAUCGAAGGUACGUAAGCAGGGAGCAGCCUGCAUCAGACAGACAGACAGACAGAUGUAUGGAUGGAUGGAUGGAUGAGUCACUCAUGACCAUCUCUCUCUCUCUCUUUCUCUCUCUUCUCUGUCUGUCUGUCUGUCUGUCGGUGUCUGCAGGAGUUCUGAUUGACCUGGACCUGUCGGCGGUGUCCACACUGGAGGCCACGCGCACCGUCGGGACUGUCGCUGACGGUCUCUUUGCGGCCAUUCAAGAGCUACAACUCCACCGACUGGUGCAUGGCGACAUCCGUGUACGUGCGUCGCGUCAAGUGCACCCACCCAUCCCGUCAUCCACCCAUGUCUCAUGUAUGUAUUUGUUUGUCGACAGGCGGCGAAUGUUGGUUUGCGUGAGUCGGUUGGCGGCGGCUGCGAGGCGGUGCUCAUCGACCUCGACCGGCUCAGGAAGGACCACUCGAUGACGUACGUACCCAUUCGCGCACUAACUCACAAAAUCGACCGACGCCAGACAGCCAGCCAGACAGGAAGAGAAAGACGCGUGACUGUUCGUGUGUGUGGAUGUGUCUUUGGAUGUCUCUCUGUCUGUGUGCGUGUGUGUGUCUUCUCUCUGUCUGUGUGUGUGUGUGUGUGUGUGUGCAGGGUCCGCGUGCGUUAGACAUGGGCCGAGAUGUGUGGUGUGCGACCAGGUCCCUGCUGCAGCGUUGCAAGGAGAUCCGCGUGCAC